AGCCGUCGCGGGGACCCGACAGACGACACUCGGAGGGGACAGACGAGCCUGGAGGAGCGCAGGAUGAGCGCCUCGCUCGAGCAGACCGCCGCUGACCCCGUCGUCCAGGACCGGAACGUGGAGUUCGCCAUGAAGUGCAGCGCCAUCGUCAGCGACGUCCGAUACAAAGAGGACUACAAGAGGUCCAAGGACAAGUUCUCCUUCGUCCCCGAUGCCCCCUACUUUCAGCACAUCAAGCAGCUUGGCACGCUGCUCUCUGAGGCCAAAUACAAGGAGUCCUGUAAGAAGGAGCUCGCCCGACUGUCUUUAUGCCCACUUGACCGAAACGGCCGAGACCCAGCUGGCCAAGGAGCUGUCGCAGAUUCAGAGUGAGAAGAAGUACAAGGAGAGCGGCCAGAAGGAUUUGUCCACUUGCCUGUAUGCCCAGCUGCCUGAGACAAGUGAGACGCAACUGGCAAGAGAGCUGUCUGAGGUCCAGAGCGAGAAGAAGUACAGACGGGGGGCUGAGGACAGCUAUGCCACCUGCCUCUAUGCACGGAUGCCCGACCCUGGGGACAUUACGUUUGCUAAAGAAGUGUCUGAAAGGCAAAGUGAGACAAAGUAUAAAGAAGCGGGCAGGCGGGAGACUUCCAGAUGUCUGUAUUCACGCCUGGCUGAGACCCCCGAGACCCAACAUGCCAAGGAGGUGGCACAGGUUCAAAGUGAGAUAAAAUACAAAGAGGCCACUCGGGGACUGUCCAGCUGCCUUUAUGCCCAGAUGCCCGAAACCAUUGAGACGGUAUUUGCAAGAGAAGUGGCGCAGAAUCAGAGUGAGAAACGGUACAAGCACAAGUACGAAAUCGAGAAGGGCAAGAGCAGCUACUCGAGCUUGAAGGAGCCGCCAGACGUCAAGCACGCCAUGGAUGUCCACAAGCAUCAAAGUGACGUGUCCUACAGAAAAGGCCUGCAGGACCUCCAUAAGCACAGUGACGUCCCCGACAGGCCAGACAUCAAGAAGGCGACCGAGGUGGCCAAACUCAUCAGUGACGUUACAUAUAAGAAGACAAGCAAAAUGGACACAUACAGUGACCAGUCGAUCCUUGGAAGACCUGACAUCGAGCACGUCAAGGGGGUCUCCAAGCUGACCAGCCAGGUGAAGUACAAGGAGAAGUUUGAGAAGGAGCUCAGGGAGCAGAAGCACCGGUUCAACCCCCAGGAGAGCGCCACCUUCAGGCAGGCACAGGCCGCCGCCCUGUGGGCCAGUGAUGUCAAGUAUAAGCAGGACCACCGACAGCUCCAUGAAGCCACCUCAGAUCUGCCCAACCUGCUGCACCUGGCACACGCCUUACAAGCCAGCAAGCUGCAAAGCACGUACGAGUACAGAAGGCAGUAUGAACGCUCCAAAGGACGCUACCACUUCACUCCAGACACGGCAGAGCAGCGGCAUCUCAAGGACAACGUGGCUCUCCAAAGCCAGGUGAAAUACAAAGAGGAUUACGAGAAGUCCAAAGGGAAGUCGAUGUUGGAGUUCACAGACACGCAGGGCUACCAGGUGUCCAAGGAGGCCCAGAAGGUCCAAAGCAAGAAGGAAUACCAGAAGAAAUACGAAGAGGCGAUGAAGGGCAAGUCGGCCAUGGACUUCGACCUGACGCCAGCCUACCUGCACGCCAAGCAUGCUGCCAGCCUCCUUAAUGAGAGAGAAUACCGGAAGGACUUGGAGGAGAUCAAAGGGAAAGGCCUGACGGCGCUGGAGGAGACCCCCGAUUUGAUCCGAGUGAGAAAUGCAGCCCACAUUCUGAACGAGAAGGAAUACAAGAAGGACCUCGAGAUGGAGAUAAAGGGGAGAGGAAUGGAGGUGAGCGCCGACAUGCCGGACAUCCAGAGGGCCAAGAAGGCAUCCCUGAUGGCCAGUGAGAAAGAAUACAAGAAGGACCUGGAGAAGGAAAUCAAAGGAAAAGGGAUGGAGCUGAGCGGAGACGUCCUGGAGAUGCAGCGGGCGAAGAAAGCCAGCGAGAUCAGCAGCCAGGCAACCUACCGGCAGCUGUCCGAGCUGAGGCACACGUCAUACGGCACGGUGACAGACACGCCGGAGAUGCUGCACGCUGCCUACGUGAGGGACAUGCUCAGUCAGAAGAAGUACAAAGACGAGGCGGAAACCAGGAAGCGGUCCUACUGCACGGUGGUGGACACCCCUGAAAUCGAGAGGGUCAAGAACAGCCAGAAACUGGUCAGCUCUGUGCACUACGCAGCUGACUCCAAGCUCCUCAAGGGGGCAGUGUGCUCCGUACCCGAGACCCCUGACAUCCUGCUGGCCAAGGAGAAUUCCCGCCGGAUCAGCAAUGUGCACUACAAGGAAGGAGUUGGCGCUGGCACAGCAGUGACGGAGACCCCUGAGAUGGAAAGAGUGAGAAGGAACCAACAGAACUUCAGCAGUGUCAAAUACAAAGAAGGCCCCGGACAUGGAACGGCCAUCCCGGACCCCCCUGAGCUGAAGAGAGCCAAGGAGAACCAGAAGAUCGUGAGCGACAUCAAAUAUAAAGAAGACCCCGGACAUGGAACAGCAAUCCCGGACCCUCCUGAACUGAAGAGGGCCAAGGAGAACCAGAGGAUCGUGAGCGACGUGAAAUAUAAGGAGGUGGUGACCCCAGCCACGGCCAUCGACGUGACCCCCGAAAUGGAGCGGGUGCGGCGGAAUCAGGACAACGUCAGCCUGGUGAAGUACAGCAGUGACCUGAAGGCCAUGAGAGGGAAGCCGUGUGCCGUCACCGAUACGCCAGAACUGAGGCGAGUCCGGAAAUCGCAGAACGACAUCUCCAUGGUCAAGUACCACGAAGACUUUGAGAAGACGCGGGGCAAAGGCUUCACCCAGGUGCCCAACGAUCCCAACAUGGAGAUGGCACGCAGGAAUGCCCAGGUGGUCAGCGACGCGGCCUACAAGGGGGUGCACCCUCACGUGGUGGAGAUGGACAGGAGACCGGGCAUCAUCGUGGACCUUAAAGUGUGGCGCACUGACCCCGGCUCCAUCUUUGACUUUGACCCCCUUGAAGACCAUGUCCAGUCCCGAAGCCUCCAUAAGCUGGCCGAGAAGGCCAGGCGCUCAGGUGGGCAGCUGAGCCGCCCUCUGGGUGCCCUUGAGAUGUGUGGGCACGAUGACCGCUCUGAGGCGUCGGAGAGAAACAACAACAGCGUGUCCUGCUUCAGUGAGAGCACAGCCACCGGAGCCCCAGUGCUCCCUGGAGCUUACCAGCAAGGCGGCCAGAGUCCCGGCUACGGCUACAUGCACCAGACCAGCAUCUCGUCCAUGAAGGCCAUGCAGUCCCCUCCACAUUCAGCCACUGUGAGAGUCUACCGGGCCAUCUAUGACUACGCCGCCCAAGACCACGACGAAGUGUCCUUCAGAGACGGGGACAUCAUCCUCAACGUACAGGUCAUCGAUGACGGCUGGAUGUAUGGCACAGUGCAGAGGACCGGCAAGUCAGGGAUGCUUCCUGCCAACUACGUCGAGACGUUCAACUGAGUAGCCGCCGCCGCCGCUACCUUCGAGCAGCUGACCGUAAGAGGAGCCUUAAUAUGCCAGGCGCCCGCUCGCUCGCUCACUCGCUGUCCUUUCUGGUCUGUCCCUCUCACUGCUCCUCCUCGCUUUGUACACAGGAUGGCCAGCAGGGGCCCCACACACCACUCUGUCACCGUCCCACUUAGUGGGUCUUCAGGCUUCACUCUGCAAUUCCCAGGAAAUUAAUUAGGGAGGGGGUGGAGCUCCAUAAUGCCAACGGGAUUGGCCAGUGUAGGUAGACACCUCUGACUCCAUGACCCCCUCUAGUGCCAGCGGGGCAGAUGCACCAGUGUAACGCUUUACUGUUGGCACAAUGUAAAGGAAGGACUAAAGCACAGGAAAUCCCCAUUAGAGCCCAGUGGCACCCCCCCCCCUCCCCACUGGCCCACACCCAAUGACAAUGACCCAGUUAGGCUUGUGAGGCCAAUCAUGUUUAGAGCACCGUGUGACAUGAAGGGAGCUGAUGAAGAGGAUAAAGAUGAGCCCCAUGUGUGUCCAUUAUCUCGUUUUGAUGAAGGCCAUCACUCUAGCCACUGGCACUGGGUGAUCUUUAUGAUAAGAAUGUCACCUGUCACUAUGGCCGUGUCCCCCAUUAGUGUCAUUGAGGGUGACCUUGUCUGAUUUUUGUCUCUCAACGAUUGGUUAGAUCUUGAUGGGAGAUGCCAGCUGCCAGCCUGCCUGUGAUGGCUUGGCUGAUGGACUUGGACAAGACUUGAGCAACUGGUAUUGUUAAAGUGAAAUACCAAGAAAGUGCCAUCUAUAACAUCAUUAAACUACACCCCCAAAGUCUCGGAUGAAGCUAGGUGCCCAACAAAUGCCAGGUGCCCACUUGGUGUUGUGUCAUGCGAUUAAUCCCAGCUGAUGUCCCCACUGUGUCAUAUGCCACUGUCACCCUCCUCAUGGCACACUUUGGUCUGACCCCAAAGUGCACAGAGUGCCCAGUUGAAAAGCGCCAGCCAGUGUAGCCCUCUAGUGGCCAGCGGGUUGGCCCACCUCGCUUGUGUUAAGACUAUAAGAUGGUGUUGUGUGUGAAAGGUGCUAUAAAGAAGAAGGUCACCCCACAUUUGGUGAAUGGACGAGACUGCGGUCACCCUGACAUCUCCUCCAUCACUGGCCUGUAGCGGGCACUCUGGUGCCAUGAUGGCCAGUGGUGACCUCCCAUCAUCUUCAUUACUUCCUGCCCUCACAUAUGUCUGACACACCAAUGGCCACUAAGGGCCAGUGCCCCGGGCAAUAGGGCACAUUGGCAACUCCUGGCACUCUGCUCACUUUAGGUCACCAGGAGCAGCGCACAAGUGGACCCCAUCAUGAUACCUGUGGUCCGUGAGCCUCCACUGAGCUUCUUGUUGCCCACAUGCC